UGGAUGGUAUUAACAUUUACUUAAGUACCUCUGAAGAUGAUAACAUUAAACUUUUAUUACCCACUAAGUUGCAAUUGAGUUGAUGUUAGUAUCAAUUUGUUAAAACUCUACAUCAGCUAACAUUUCAGUUCUAUAAUUGAAUGUUAACACGUACCGUGUGGUUAAAUGAUCAAACUUGACUUAGUAUUAUACUGUAAGUAGAAUCACACUCAAAUUUUAGCUUAGCUUAGGUUAUACAUAGAAUGCAUUUUAAACUGUUGCUUUUCUGUUAUUAUGUUGCUCAACAUGAUCAAAAACUCAUCAAAAAACCCCAAUAAUUAUCUUUUGGAUUCACUGAAAAUAGUUGUGAUGGAAAUAGUGCAUGGCUUUCUGCAGCCCCCUCUGUGUAUUAAUACUCUCGGAAAAUGCUACUGUAUAUGUCAUCAGUUUUACACUGCCAACUGUGAUUAGGGCUGGUCGGGGCUGGCCACAGUCUGUGUGGUUUUAACAGCUCCCCAAACAAAGACUCUAACGAUCAUGGUCUUCCACCAGUCAACAAGGAAAACAGGCCAACACAUUGAUCAAAAGCCUUUGAAAUUACAACAGACAUGAAGACACAAGUAUCUUAACCACUUUAAAAAAGCAUGCAACAUAGAAUGCACAAAAGAAGAGAAAUAAUUAUCUAUAAUUAUCUACACCAUAAUUAUCCCCAGUGACAAUCACUAUCUACUGCACCUUCCUGUGUGAUUAAUGUAGCUAACUACUUUAUGAAAGCAGCAUUUUAAAGAGGAUUUGAUCAUGCUUUUAAUCUGUAGAUGAGAUCUCAGCACCCAUAGGAAUUAGCACACUGACUGCGGUAAGAAGAUAAACAUAACCUCAGUAUUUUGAUCUUACAGAAAGUAAUAUUUUCAGGGCAUUGCCUUAUCACAAUGCUGCAGUCUUCCUCUACAACAGGCAGCGCUAACAAUAUACACACAGAUUUGUGCUACACUGUUAACUGUACUAUUCACUUAUUAACAGUUAUCUCAGCAUCUGGGAAAUAUGCAGUAUCUUCAGUUAUUACAGUUGCCGUGAUGUGUUCAGAAACUGGUAACCAACAUAUUUAACUUUCAUUUUGCCCCAAUGCAUUGAGAACGUACAGUAGACAGAAUAAAUAUCCAUAGUAUGUUACAUAACAAUGUUUUACUGAGCCAAACAAACAGGCUUUUGCAGUUUCUUAGUUGGUAAUUACAGCAGAUGGACUCAAUCUCCUCCCAAGAACAGUAUCUCCUCUUUGUGAUAAUAAUAAUCUUCAUUUCACUCAAUGUGGUUACAACACAGAUACUGUACCUUCAUCUUAUCUUCCAGCUGUGUGUGUGUGUGUUUGUGUGUGUGUGUGUGUAUGUGUGUCUGUGCGGGUGUGUGUGGGCAUGUUUGUGUGCCAACAUUUUUCCUAAACAAACUUCUGUUUACAUCACCCCACAACAUGUUUUAGUCAUUUUGCCACAGCGUACACUUUCAGUCCUUCAGUUUCAGGUUUGCAUUCAGAACCCGGAUGCAUGAUUGUUUACAAUGUGACACUUAAACUUCACACAGUGUACUAACAGCUAAAAAUAAUAUCCAUUGCUUCACAAUCCUGUCUUUGUUGUCCUGAAAUACUUAACUUAAAACCCCCCAAUAUAGCAUUUAUAAGCCUUAUUUAAACCUUAAAUAAAUGGUUUAUGACACUCUGUAAUGUAGACGUAAGUGUUAAUAUUCAGUAUUUGUCAACAAUUAUAACUUCCUCAAAUUAAGACAUUUAUAUUACUAGAUAUAUUUUAGUAUAUUAUCAUUCAUUAGCUUUAUACAUCAGCUCUGCAAAAACACAUUAAUAAACACAAACAGUUCCUUAUAUCUGCAAUUAAUAACAUUGUAAUAAACUGUUUAUUAAAUGCUUACAUACUGCAUAAAAAUGCUAAAUGGUACCCAUUAUGCCUUGUAUGACAAAAGCCACAUUUUUCACCAGAUACUGCUGUUGAGACCAUAGCCAAUGCUAUAGUUUGAAUUAAACAUAUUUUAAAAGCAAAGGAUAUUAAUAAAAUCAACCAAACUUAAACUUAAAAUGUUCAACAGUUCAUUGCAACCUGUGUUUGCCACAUCAGGGGGGGACUGACAGUGAGGAAAUGCCUUGAAGAUGAUUGGCUGCUAAGAGGAGGGAACAGUAUAUAGACCCUGAUAAAUAUGGAGUUUCAUGGUCUCCCCUGACAAAUCAUCAAUGACCAGGAACCUUUAGCAGACACACUCUAUUGCUCCCACCCACAGACAUUUUACAGAAGUCAAAAGUUCCUUUUUCAUUUUACAGUCAAACAGCGGGCCUCGUUAAUUUAAUUUUAUCUGACACAGCUGAAGGCCUCCGAGAGUAGCUAAGUUCUUAAGUGUUCACUAUACAAUAAGAGAGAGAGAGAGACAUUUUUUGGUCUUUGUUGAGUGAGAGGAAAUUUUGAAACAUUGUGCAAUGGUGCCGCAAAAGUUUUGAAAGGUUGUGAGAGAGUGUUUUGCCAGUAAAGCGUCUGAGACUUGGUCUACUGGAGAAGAGGUCUCCAUGUUGCAUCCAUACAGAAUGGAGAGCUACCUCAUCCCACCUCACUCAGAAGAAAUGUACGAUCCUGAGAUCUACAGACAUCCAAUUACAGAAUAUUAUAAUCCAUAUGUUUUAGAUGCUGAUAUCCAGGCAGAUCACUGGGACUACCACACUCACCCUCACAUACACCCUGUAGAGUUUGAAAACCUGCAGGAGGCCAACUUCACAGAGCUGCAGAGUGUGCAGGCUCUCCACCCGCCCGGCCUCAUACGACACGAGGCCAUACGAUAUGAACCCGAAAACCUGCUUGAUCCAAAUCUUGGGGCAAAUUCACAUGUGUUACAGCAACCAGUAGCGUUCUUCUCUCGACCUGUGUAUCAACCACACGUGUCCCAGCGCAGCUCUGAUGAUGAGGAGCACGAAGGACGAAGUCCCCCGCUGGAGGUGUCUGAUGAUGAGUGUCUGAGAGAGCGAGUCUCAUAUGUCACACCAGGAGAUCUGGGCAAUAAAAAGAAGAUCCGUUUGUACCAGUUCCUGUUGGACCUUUUAAGGAACGGCGAUAUGAAGGACAGUAUCUGGUGGGUUGACAGAGACAAAGGGACAUUCCAGUUUUCUUCCAAACACAAGGAGGCUCUUGCACACCGCUGGGGAAUCCAGAAGGGAAACCGCAAAAAAAUGACCUAUCAGAAGAUGGCCCGUGCCCUGCGCAACUACGGCAAAACUGGAGAGGUGAAAAAGAUAAAAAAGAAGCUGACAUACCAGUUCAGUGAUGAGGUUCUGGGGAAGAGUCAUCUGGAGAGAAAACCAUAUGUGUAGGCAAGAGUAAUACUGAAAUGUCAAGAUUUACUCGUGACAAGUGUUGACAUUGGAGUAGUUUGUGUAGUUUCUGGUGUUAGAUGCUUGAUCAACCUUGCUGAUCUGGUAUAUAGCAUUUUGUGAAUAGCCCCAUUAUUGCUGUAAAGUGGGAUCAGUCUUUUGAAGAUACUAGCCAAUGCAGCAUAAAAGCAUGGAACAAGAGACAAAAUCCCCAAAGACUCUAUGUAACAAGAUGUUGGAGACCAGCUUUUUCUUUUCUUCUUUGUCACCCUAAGUAGAAACAAAGCUCAGUUUGGUUUGUCUGUCUUAAUUCCUGGAAGAAAAAAAAAUUUAGUAGCAGUGUGGAAACAAAGUCAGGACCAAAUAUGAAAAUGUACCUGUUAUUCGAAAAUGUGUACAGGAUUUGUGAAGUUGAAAAAGUGUUAUAAAUAUCUUCUGAAUUUUGUCCCUUUUGGCUCCCUCAGAUUUGAAAAAGCUCCCUUAGACAUAUAUACUAUACAUAUAUAUAUUAUGACAUAUGCAAAAUCUGCACUCUUUACCCAGCCAACCUACCAGGCAGCAAGCUACUUUGUAGUGCAGCAAUUUCGACAUGGUGGCUAGAGUUGGAACUGCAAGGUAUUUGUUGCUAGGGUUCAGGAGGACAUGUGGAAUGCAAAACGAUUCAACAGCACCACAAACUAUAGUUUCAUCAAAAAUUGGUUAUAGCUGUCAUGCAAUUCUGUUUUAUUGCAGGGAUGUUGUAAUAGUUUUAGCUAUGUGUACCUAAUAAACUGGCAGGUAUGAGGCUGAGGUAUUAGCUUUAAAUCAGAAAAACCACUACUGACCAACAUGAACAUAUAAUGAUAGUGCUCAGUUUUAGAGCUCAGUAUUUUAACAAACGACACUGGUUUUAAAAUCUCUGUUCACAUGUCAAAAUCUGAUUUUGACAUGUGAACUUUUGACUCCAAUUCUGUCUGAAAAAUCAAUUGACAGUUAUGCGAAGAUUGAAACCACUCUCAUGAAGAUACAGCAAAUAUAAAGUUAUGGCAAGCAUGGGUUUAUCUUAGCAUUAAGACUGGAAGAAGGAGGCAAUAGAUAGAACAGUGACGUUACAUUUUGGCAUCAAAGAUACAAUUUUGAAUUUAAAGAAGAACCGGAAUUGAAAAAGGAAACAUUGGCAAAAAGUUGUAUUGGCACUGAAAAAAGUCUUACUGAAAAAGAAAAAUUUUUCAGUGUGAUGUGUUUUUCAAUGACAAUCUUCAGAUUUUUUCUUCAUGUCACUCUUAUUUUCAGUGUCACUGGUUUUCAGGUUCAACUUUCUGUCUUAUUGACAUGCACAUUAUAUGACAGAAACUUCAGAGGACAGAUGAGAGGACAGCUGGUUCUGGAAAAGUGAAGUUCUCUCCUUAGUGUGCAGAUUAUAUGUAAAUCACACUGUUCUUGCCCCUCCCCUCAGACCCCUCCUCUCCACUCCAAAACAGUGACAGAAAGUUGAAACUGAAAACCAGUGACCACUCAUUAAAAAAUUGCCAAACAUAUUAAAAUUAAAUCAUUUUUAAUGCCUGUGUUUUAUUUUUACUUUUUUUAAUGCCAAACUUUUGUGUCACUGUUAUAGCCCCAUAGAGAAACAUCUAGCCUGGCUCGUCCCUAAGUUAACAAAUUCUGUCCAUCUGGCCUCCAAAGUUCACUAAUAAACACAUUAUAUCUCUUCUGUUUAAUCUGUACAAAAAUUGUCCUAGUGUGUUUGACUCUUCUUGUGUUGGACAUGCUUAAGUUCUCUUUAAACAGUAGGUAAGACUACUGUAUGUACAUAUUUCCGUUGCAAUUUAAUAUUUAAAAAAGUCAUUAUGAAGAUAAGACCAUUAAUGUGAUUAUUCACAUGACACAAAUGUUUUGUAUACAUACAUGACAUUGUUAUGAUUAAAAAUGACUUGUAAAAAAUAAAUUGUUCAUAAAUAUA